UAAUACGGCGCGAAGGUGGAAACCUCGAAGAUUUCCUUUUUUUUUUUGUUAAGGAACCCCGAGAUUUCUUGAUCGAUUUCUUUCCUUUGUUUCCGUCGGAGCCCAAGAAAAAUUCUUGCUUCCCAAACAGAAAAUUCCACCGGUGGGGGUCGUCGAUGGAGCCCGACGUGGUUGAGAUCGCCCCUCCUUCGGCAUCGAGCUCGAAAACACGCAAGCAGAAACAGGCUGUUAAUCCGGAAGCGAGUGAUGUGGAACGAUAUGAAAUCCAAAACAGUGGCGGUUCUGCUCUUAAUGAUAAUGCAGACAAGAAGAACAAAGGGAAGGCUGUGGAUGUCAGCUCCAAUUCUUACGAUAAGCAAGCUACUGAUACUGCUAUUGAUGUUUCCGGCCCAGUAAAUAAGAUUGAAUCUCAUCCUGGCACGCCCCUCGGGUCGCAUAAUAUACUGGACCCAGACUCUUUGAUCUACGAAGACGACUAUGAGUAUUACGAUCAGUCCCCGGAUGAAGCAACGGAUGCCGAUGAGUAUUCGAUGUUUCAAGACCUUUUAGAUUCUAAGGAUAUCCCUACCGAUGUAGAGUUGUCAAUACCUUGGUUUCAGAAUUCAACUAAUAAAGAAGCUGCGAAAUCAGGCGGAAGCAGUUCAUCGCAUGCAAACAAUGGGAAGAAAUCAGGUGUUACCGCAGUGAAUGCGAACGGAAGUCCAUCGCUAUCUCCCUGGCCACAGAUGCUGACUUCUACUUCUCAACCAUGGAGUGUUGUUUCACACCAUUCUGAUGGAAGCAAAUCGGUAGAUUCAGCUUUGCCUCAGAACUCGCAGGUUAUGUAUCCUUAUGCAUAUCUUCCCCCGAAAGAUUAUAAAAUCUCCAAACCAUGGAAUCCAUUUUCCGGUAUUAGUAUCUUUGGUGGCUUUGUCAACCCUUUUCCCAUGCCACCUCAGACUCCUGAUAUGGUGAUGGGUGGGCCUCCUUUUGGUACGGUGCUUCCAGUACCACCAACUCCCCCUAAUUACCAUGCUUCUGCUAGUUCACGCCCGAGAGUGGAAGAGGUUAUUUCAGCUAAGGAUUCUUCCCGGGUUCAGAAAAACAUGGAAGAUUUUCUGGGGAAGUUUUUGUUUUUCAAAAGAUUUGACACCGUCGAAGAUUUUUCAGAUCACCAUUAUGCUUCCAGGGGAAGUUCUUCAAAACAGCACGCGAAGAGCUGGGUGAAGAGGAUCCAAGAAGAGUGGAAGAUCCUGGAGAACGAUUUACCGGAUAUGAUAUUCGUCAGAGCGUAUGAGUCUCGGAUGGAUCUAUUGAGGGCUGUAAUAAUCGGCGCUGAAGGAACUCCCUACCACGACGGUCUUUUCUUUUUCGAUAUUCACUUCCCAGAAACCUAUCCUAAUAUGCCACCGAAAGUGCAUUACCAUGCCGGUGGGCUCAGAAUCAACCCGAAUCUAUAUAACUGUGGGAAAGUAUGCCUGAGCCUUCUUGGCACAUGGAGUGGUAACCAUAGGGAGAAAUGGAUCCCAAACGUUUCUACGAUGCUACAGGUUCUAGUCUCGAUCCAAGCUCUCAUCUUGAACCAAAACCCUUAUUUCAACGAGCCUGGGUUCGAGAGCGGAAUCGGUACUCCAGAAGGGGAAUCCAUUUCUAGAGCUUACAAUGAGAACACUUUUAUACUGUCUUUGAAGACGAUGGUUUACAACAUGAGAAGACCACCCAAGCACUUUGAAGACUUCGCGUACGGACAUUUCUUCAGUUGUUGCCAUGACAUAAUGAAGGCGUGCAAAGCCUACAAGGAUGGGGCGGUAGUGGGAUCGCUGGUCAAUGGAUGCGUUCAGGCCGUGGAAGAUGAUAGAGUGAGAGGCUCCGAAAGGUUCAGGGCCGAUGUCGAGAGUUUCAUGAAAAUGCUUGUUGAUGAAUUCGUCCUUCUCGGUGUCAAAGGCAUGGACGAAGCCACCGCCGGGAACAGUGAUAGUAACAACAAUGAUGACGCAGAGACCGAGAAGAAUAACAAAGUGAAACCCAAAAGAGACAGAGAAUCCAGAUGAUAUCAUUAGAAUUCUUUCUCUUUGGGAGAUUACAUCUAUACCUUUUUUUUUUUUUGGGGG